AUGAAAGCUUAUGACGAAGGCAUUCCACUAAAACUUGAAUAUAAACAAACCUAUAAAUUAAUGUAUAAAAGUAACAAGGGUUUCCGUGAAUUAUCAUCACCGACAUAUUUCACCGCCUUAAUUCCCGGAUGUUUGGCAAAUGUGUUUUUUUACGGAGCAAUAUUGGUAAAUUUGUUAAUUGCGGUGAAUAGAUACUGCGCAUUUGCAUAUCCUCUGAACUAUCACUUUUAUUGGACCGUACCGAAAGCUCGCUGUGCGGGAAUUAUUGUCUAUUUCUUCGGGUUUCUACUAUGUUUGCCUAGCAUUUUUGAACCAUGCACCCUUAUUUUUAGUACGGAAAUGGAUUUUCGUUGGCAUUGCAGCAACACGGGUUGCGGUGACAUAAAUUCGAUGUUCGACACAGUGUUCACUGUUUCGAUGAUGAACAUAGCAGGAUGUAUCGACUUCAUGACGUUUUUGUGGAUUAGAAGUCGCAGUGAAGUUACCAUUUGCUAUUAUUUCAUUAAUUAUCUUCGAUAA